CAAUUUAAACGCAGUAGUGAAUAAUACUUUGCCGUGUUAACAGUAUUUUGAGUUCAGCAAUAGCUCUGAUAAUCUGCGCAAGGAAAUUAUGUUGUAUUGGCGACGAUGGAUAAUUUUGAUAACAACUGCCUUCACCAUAACAGGAGUUCUUGCAAGUAGGUUGUUGUAAAACUUACAAUACUUUCAACUUGGAUGCCUUUUUUACUGUAUCGAAUCACUGGGUGAACGGCUUUCAUGUAAGGUUUAAUAGCUGUUUUUAUCCGGUUUUAAGUGGAUACACUGAGUGAAUUUGAUUCUUCUUUAUGAGAGAUAACAAAUCAGUAAAUAUUUAUACCAAUGCACCGUUACUGAAUGAAUUCCUUUGACCAAAUUUACUUUUUACAUUGUGGAAAUUGGUAAGAGACAUUUGUUCUCAAAAUUUAAUCAGUGAAGCAAUCUAUUGGUAUCUUCAAGCGAUAACAAGGAAUUUUCACAUCAUAGUGGGAAGAGAAUGUUCGGUUUUCGUGUCACUGUCUUUUUACCGAUUUGAAUCUUCUUCACAGACUUUUCUUAAACAGAUUUUGAAAUUCGUUUCUUUUAAAGAAUGCAAAAAACUCCUUAAUGAGAAAAAAUACCAUCGCUAUUUUGAAAGUAUCUGAGAAGUUGCUUGUUGUGUCGUUUUACACCACACAAUUAGCCACCCCCUUUAGUUCAAAAUCAUCUUUUUGAACUGUCUUGCACAAAGUACGUUCUGUGUUCUUGAAUUAUAAAGUUUGAUAAAAGGAAUAAACUCCAUUAUUACCUAACUUCUAAAGUAAGAUGACGGUAAAAAACAAAUAUCUUAACCUGAUAAGAAUUCUAUUUUACUAGUUAAAAGCAUUCAUUUUUUCUUGAGCCUGACAGUUUUAAUUUACGUAAGCGAAGAUAAAUUUUGAAAUCAUUAUGGUCGAAAAACCGUUUAUUAAUGAUCUUUAUUGGAAUACUUCUUGUGAUGUUCAGAUAAAUAUUUUCAGCUUUUCAUCUAAAUUCGUAAUUAUUUGCAAGCUAAAUUCUUUCUCUGUAAUCACCGCAGAACGUUAUUUUUAAGGGUUAGGCGAAAUUAUGUAGAGACUGUUUUUAAGAAUUCACCUUUACGUAUAAAAUUAUAUAUUACGUAUUUCUAAUAAACGUAGGAUGUUGUUUACAUUCUCACCACAGUACAAGCUGCUAUAAACUCGUAAAAGUAAAAUGUGAUUUUAUGUACCUGCUCGUCGCUUGUUAUGACACUUUAGUUUUAUCCAGAAAAUUACCAUAUAGAAUUUUCAAACAAAUUCUAACCAAAGUGUUAAUCACGCCAAAAGAUAAAAGAUAACAUCAGUGUAACAUCGUAAUUAUGGAUCCAAACUGAGAAAAGCUCGGCGAAUAUCUAAUCUGAUACAACAGGAGCAAAAAUUGUUCCUGAUUACUGAGAGGUGUACUGUACUAUUUCUUAAUCAGGGUAAUGAUUUCAAAUUUGUUUGUAGAUAUGAGGGACACUCGCAGCAAAUACGUGUGUGAAAAUGAUGUCAUGCAUUUGAGCUGUACAUCGCCAAAAGUACUCAAGAUUCACGGAGCAGACUAUGGUGGGUCAGAGGUUUCCGUCUGUGGUGAAGGAAAAGCAUCGAACGUACCAUGCAAAGUUAUAGACAGAACAGACAAAAUAAAGUUCGUAUGUGAUAAUAAAUCAAGUUGCUCCCUUGUAGCAAUGACCCGCAUUUUUGGUGAUCCUUGCCCAAGCUCAAGCAAGUACCUUAAUGUCAUGUAUGCCUGUGGUAAGUUCAUAUUUCGUAAUUGCAGUCUGUGCUGUUUUGAAUUUUGAAAGAAUGCUUUCCUGGAGUAAUGUCAAAGGAAGUGAUUUGUGUUGAAUUUUGUCUGUUCUGAAGCAACUUCCCACUCUUUAAAACCUUUUUUAGCGAUUAUUUUAAGCCGCUGACAGUAAGUGAAUAGCUGUAAAACACAUUAUGAAUAAUUAAGAAUAAUCUUUCACGAAACCCUUUAUUGCCAAUAGGCCAUUUCCGAGUUAUUUGCAUGAUGAAAAGCUUUGUAACCUUAGCUUUGAAACUAAGGCUUGGGCAACUCGGAAAUGGCCUGUUAGGGUUUGUUUACUGUGUUAUUGAUACAAUGAAUAAAAUCAUCUAAUGUAAUAUCGAGCGUCAAUCCAAAGCAAUUAGACGUGCUUCAAAUUUAGCUGAAUUGCUUAAAUCAUAACCUGCUAAUUAAUGCUAUUAUUUGUUUAUAGUACUACCUGCAAAAGGUUUGUAAUUUUCACAUGUAGGUAUUUCAAAUUAAGCUGAAAUACCACUGCUCUAAGCCAAUCAAAUUGCAGAAAUUUCUCAUGUAGUAGUAUAAAUUUUGUAAUCUUUCAUUGGAUAUAAGAGCGACCACCGGUUACCAAAGCGCACGUUGGAUUAAAACGGAUAUCCUGGAAAACCUCAGAAAUUUAGACAAGAGAGAGGGAACAGAAAAGACACAAACUCUAUGUUAUUUUGUUACAAGAUGUAGAAGAAAUUAAAUUAUGUGAUGCUUUGUCUUUCACUAUUUUGAUUUAGUGAAGCCACCCGAUGCCGCAACGACCCCUCAGUCUUCAAUUGCUACUACUAAAGGAUUGAAUGCAUCAGCAAUGAACCUCACAACCUCCACAAAUACGACGCAGCCAUCAUCAACAGAACCUUCAGAAAAGAACACACAUGCACAUGUACUACCCACCAGACCAGACAAGAAAACUGCCAAGACCCAAAAAUUCGUGCCAGUGUUUGAUCCAUCCAACAACUUCGAUCUAGAACCCAUUUUUGACUCAGCUCAGGGCGUUAAAUGUAGCACCGGGGAAAUUUUCUUGUUGGUUUUGAUGACCUCUGCAAUUUCAUUUUUGAGGUAA